AUGGGCAUGAAUGAAGAAACAUAUUCUUCUCAAAAGAACUUGCAAGAACAAUGGGAGGAACUGUGUUCCAGAGAAGAAAUGUAUUGGAGACAAAAAUCUCGAGAAUUAUGGCUUCAAGAUGGGGAUAGAAAUACUAAGUUUUUCCAUAAUUCAGCCAAGAAAAAAAGAACUAACAGUACCAUUUUUCAUAUCAAAGACGCUUCCUCCGGUAUUCUCCUAACCAAUGAAAAUCUUAUCAGAGAUGAAGGCAUCAAAUUUUUUAAGAAUCUUCUUGCUCCUGAUGUUUUGCCUUCUCCUUCUGCAUCACAAGUUGAGGACCUCCUUGAUACUAUUCCACAAGUGAUAACAGAACAGGAUAAUGUUAUUCUGAUGGCUCCCUUUACCAUUCAAGAAAUACGUAAAGUUGUCUUUUCUUUUUCGCCUGAUAAAGCUCCUGGACCAGAUGGUUUUACUGCAUUGUUUUACGAAAUUUGCUGGAAUAUAAUUGGCUGGGACUUAUUGGCGGCUAUGGAAGAAUCUAGAAGAUCUAAAUCCAUGCUGAAAUAUUUUAACACUACUAAUAUUUCCAUCAUUCCAAAAAUUAGGGAUCCCCAAACCUUUGCGGAUUUUAGACCAAUCUCUUUAUGCAAUUUAUCCUACAAGAUUAUUACUAAAGCCAUAUAUCUUAGGAUGCAGCAUCUUAUCCCGCGUAUCAUCUCCCCAGAGCAAGGUGGAUUUGUUCCAGGAAGGGAAACCAUGGAAGGGGCUCUCGUGGCUCAUGAAGUUCUCCACUCUAUUAAUUUAAGCAAAGCUUCUAACUUUGUUAUCAAACUGGAUAUGAUGAAAGCUUAUGAUAGAGUUUGCUGGAAAUUUUUGCUGCAAGUACUUGCUAAAAUGGGUUUUUCAAAAAUUUGGUGCAAAUGGAUUAAGGCUUGUAUUUUGGGAGCUUGGUUUUCAUUGAUCAUUAAUGGUAAGCCUAUGGGUUUUUUCCCUUCUACACAAGGGAUUCGACAAGGGGAUCCUUUAUCUCCAGUGUUGUUUAUUAUUAUGGCUGAAGCUUUUAGUAGAGCCAUCUCACAUCAACAUUUGCUAAAUAAAUGGAAAGGAGCUCUCAUUUCAGGUACAAACAUAUCUAUCACACAUUCUCUUUUUGCAGAUGAUACUCUCAUGUUUGGUUUGUCAAAUGUUCAGGAAGCUCGCCAUAUUCUUUAUAUCCUUGAUCUUUAUUUAGCAGUGUCUGGUCAAAUUAUCAAUGCUCAGAAAUCCAAGAUCUAUUUUUUCAACACUGAGAAAAUGGUUUCUGAUAAAAUUAUACAGAUCUUGGGUUUUUUAGAAGAUUUCCUACCCUCAGUCUAUUUGGGCAUUCCCUUCUUCAUGGGUUCAAAUAAAUCUUCAUAUUGGUCUUCAGUAAUUCAGCCUAUUCAGAGUCGAAUUGCAGCUUGGAAAGUUAGAUGGUUGUCACUGGCGGGAAGAAUUUUGUUGAUCAAAUCAGUCUUAGCUGCAAUCCCUAAUUAUUUUAUUGUUGUUCUUAAGAUCCCAUCCAAAGUAUUAGUUACAAUUCAUAAAUUGAUCAAGGGUUUCCUUUGGUCAGGUAAUAUGGAUGAAUCUCGUAAGAUUUCACUCAUUUCUUUGCAAGAUAUGUCACAUACUCCUAAUGCUGGAGGGGCAGGAAUACAUGAUCUAUCCAAUAGAAAUGAAGCAUUUGGUGGGAAAUUGAUUUGGCACAUGUUUUGUAAGUCGCAGUCCACAUGGUGCAAGAUUAUGCAGCAAAAAUAUCUAGAUAACAAUGAUCCCUCUAGAAUCUUCACUAUUUCUAAUCCUCCAAAAGGAUCGGUCAUUUGGGACUUCAUGAUAGCUUCACGCAAAAUCAUAGUUGAUUAUAUUUCCUGGGAAGUCAAUAAUGGACUAAGUAUUAACUUUUGGAAUGAUUCCUGGAAUGGUCAAAUUCCCCUGGCUAAGAGUGGGAUCUCUUUGAACAUUAUUCAAGACAUUAAUCGAUUUCAAAAUAUUUUGAGCUCAAGACAAGUCUACUUUUCUGAAGCGCAAGAUCAGAUUUUUUGGGCUCCAGCUAAGGAUGGUAAUUAUUCAGUGAAAGAGGGGUAUAAAAUUUUACAACAGAAUGUUUUGAACAAACCUAAUUCCAGAGCUUUUUCAUUUUGUUGGAAUCCAGUAGUUCUUCCUAAAGCAGGUUGUUUCUCAUGGCUGGCACUUAAACACAGGAUUUUAACUAGUGACAGAUUGAGUAGACUACAUAUUGUUGCUCCGUUUAAAUGUGUUCUUUGUGAGGAACAUGAUGAAACUGUGGACCAUUUGUUUGUUACAUGUUCAUUUGCUUAUCAAUGCUGGUGCUUUAUUUUGAAUAAACUUAAGUAUUGUUCCCCAUUGCCAAACAACCUUUGGGAUCUAUUUCAAGCAUGGCCAGUUCUUUAUCAAAAAUCAUUAUUUGCAAACCUCUGGAAAUGUAUCCCAGCCUCGGUAGUUUGGGCUAUUUGGUGGGAACGAAAUAAGCAUAUUUUCAGAAAGGAAUCCCUUCCACUAGAAAUUGUUUUGAUUGGUAUUGAAAGAUCUAUUUCGGAAGUGACUAAUUCCAACUUAAAAAUGAUUAAAUUCAAUCCGAUUGUGACUCAUUGGGAUUCCCAAGUUGUCCAAGAAUGGAAACAAUUAUUUAUUCCAAAUGGGUGGAAAAUUAGUCAUCCUCCAGCUCAUAUCUUACCCCGGAAGAACACUUGGCGUCCUCCAACAGAUGGUUUUUGGAAAUUGAAUUUUGAUGGAGCCUCUAGAGGAAACCCAGGGCCAUCGGGUUUUGGAGCAUGUAUUAGAAAUUCUCUUGGAGAGGUUGUAGCAAUCAUAGUAUCUCCCUUGCCUAUUGACACAAAUAACAUUGCUGAGGCUCACGCCCUGUUGGCUGGGCUUUUAUUAGCUAAACGAGGCUAUUUCAAUAGGCUACAUAUAGAAGGGGAUUCAUCAGUUAUUAUUGAUGCUUGUAUACAUAGGCGCAUCAUUUCUUGGAAACUAAAAUAUGUUCUUAACCAAAUUUGGAGACUCCUUGAUGAGUGUUCGGAUGUUUGCAUCUCGCAUAUUUAUCAAGAAGGGAAUAAAGUUGCAGAUUUUUUAUCAAACUUGGGUUGUGAUGGGGUUUCUGUUUCUACUUUUCAUUCUCUACCUUUUAUUGAGCAAAAUAAGGAGAAUUGUGAAGCUUCUGAUCACUUUACCACAAAAAUUGGUGGCUUGCUAGACUGGCUAGUUCCAGCAGAAGAAAUCAAUCUUGAAUUGAUGAAGUGUGGUGUAUGUGGUCGAGACCUUGGGCUUGUUGCACAGAUCUAUGCCUCUUUUGAGACUGAUAAACUACAUAUUGAAGAGCGGACAGAAUCACCAAACAGGCUUGGUGAGCAAGAGCAGGAGCUUAACUCCAGUAUGGAUGAAUGGUGGGAGGAUGACACAUGGAGACAUUCAACAAAUGGUGAAGAUAGUGCUGGAUCUCUUGAUAUGCGGGAGCUUGGUAGGGCUUUGUUGGAAGCUGGUUACAUGGCUGCUCAUCCAUCUGAGAGUCAAGAUGAGGGCAAUCAUCUUUUAGAUGGAGAAAUAAGUCAUAAUGAAGCUGGUAUUCUGGAUACUGGCUUGCCUGAGAAUGCAGAGGACUGCGAGCAUGGUCGCAUUUUUCAUCAUGCUGCACACAAGAUUAUAGAACAUCCCGUCAGACAAGCUCGCAAGGAGUUUAUGAGUGAAGACACUGACACUGGCCAUCAAACUACUCACACAAUGGAUGUUCUAUCCAAUUAUUGUCAGUAUGAGCCAAAUCCACAAAUUGUUGUAGGAACACCGCCUAAUCAUUCCUAUCAGCAGCUAACUCACGGCUCCCCUCCAAUUAUCAUGAAUGUGAGCAGACAGGUUCUCACCCAUGUUCGAGUUCGGCAGGAUUUCUCAACCGUGGACAAGGACAUUCAAAAGAUUGUUGACUCUCAUGGCUUCAAAACAACUAUGCUACCUUAG